GCAGCCAUAAAUAUACAUACUUGUGAAACAAACGAUAAUCCACUCAGUAACAGAGCAGAGUUGCAGCGAAUAGUUGGCAUUUCAUAUUGAAAGAAAAACAAAAAACUCACCUGGGCAACAUUUAAAGGAAUUUGAACAGACAUAAAUAUGAACAGCGGAACGCGUAAUUUGUUGUUGCUCUCAUCGUCGCGCCUGCACGGGCAUGGCUUUUUGGAGCAUGCACGCGCCCAGCUGGAGGAUCUGUUUCAGGCCAAGAACGUGAAAACGGUGCUCUUUGUGCCGUAUGCCCAGCGGGAUCAUGACAAGUACACGGCCACGGUGCGCGAUGCACUGCAGCCGUGGGGCUAUACUGUCGAGGGUCUGCACACGAAAACGGAUCUGGGACGGGCGCUGCGCGAGGCACAGGCCAUCUUCGUGGGCGGCGGCAAUACGUUUGUGCUGCUGAAGCAGCUGUACGAUCUGCAGCUGGUGGAGCUGAUACGCGAACUGGUGCUGCAGCAGGGCCUCACCUAUGUGGGCAGCAGUGCUGGCACCAAUGUGGCCACACGCUCCAUACACACCACCAACGAUAUGCCCGUGCUGCAGCCGCCCAGCUUUGAGGCGCUGGCCCUGGUGCCGUUCAACAUCAAUCCGCACUAUCUGGAAACGGAGGCGAAUAGCCAGCACAAGGGCGAGACGCGCGACGAACGCAUUUCCGAGUUUGUCAGCUACCAUGGCCGGCCCGUGCUGGGGCUGCGCGAGGGCACCAGCGUGCGCGUCCAGGGCGAUCAGGCAACGCUCCUGGGCGAACGCAAUGCGAAGCUCUUCAAGCCGGAUGGCUCUGCCGUCGAGUAUGCUCCCCAGUCUGAUCUUAGUUUCCUGCUGCAGCCCUGAGACUGAUCUAUAUAUAGAAAUAUGAAAUAUUGUACAACAUUUAAGCAUUGUUUUAUGCAACAAUUAUAUAUAUAUAUAUACAUGUAUAUACAUCGUCAUGUUCGGGAUGGAACUGCUUUAUCAUGGCAUUGGCUUUAUCAUUGUAAAAACUAUGACUAAGCAUUAUUAUAUAUAUAUAUAUAUAUUGUUAUUAACUGCGUCCAUCAGCUAGAAUGGAUUAGACAACCUGAAGUCUUCCAAUACGUUCGUUUAUCCAAGUUAAAUCAAAGUUUGAACAAGGUAAUACAAAUUUCCCAAGUAUGACUCUUUCGACUUCUAAUUAUUAUUGAAAGUUCAGGUAAAGUAAGUUCAGCUAGACUGAAAUAAGUCUCACCUGUUCGAUUGACAGUAAUUCUCUUAGAAUGAAUUCUCGAAAACGCAGCAAUUACAAAUUUCCAGAGCGUUUAUCGAACUUGAUUAAUGUAUGUAUAUAUAUAUAUAUAUAUGGAAAAAUUAGUGUAAUUUUAUUUCAUUUUUCAAGCCCUAAUUUUAGCUUUAAUAAAAGUUCUUGACGCAAUAAAUGAUAUGCCAAACGAAAUGCAAAAUGCGGUACAAAAUGGUUUUCAUAUUGAAACAAAUAACUGGCAGGCAACUUAUUCGAACUCUAAAUACUAUAUAUUUGUUGUUUUGUAUAACAGUUGGCACUUGUAUAACAGUGACAAUAGCAUGCAAUAGCAGGAAUCGUAACGUAUCAAGUAUACUAGAUCUUGGCAUUUGUAUAACAGUUGUUACAUAUAUAACAGUAAUUGUUACUUAAUUUUUUAUAACAGCUAUUGUUUUCAUAUCAAAUUGAGCUGAACUCAACAGUAUAACAGUUAGAAAUUGUAUAACAUGCUAUUUCAUCUUAAAUUUUUAACAGAAAUCGUAGCGAAUAAUAUAAUCUCCACGCUGGCUAGUAAUUGAUAUAACAGUUCUCAAUUGAUUUUUGCGAUACUUGCCUGACAGCGUUUACUAUAUUAUUUAAUAUAUUUAUAAAUAAUUGUAUAACAGCGCUCGUGUUUGUUAACAGUUGAACUCAAUAUAACAGUUAACAAGUAGACAAUAGUAUAUUCGUAGACAUGCGUGCUUUUUGGAAUAGUGUCAUAUUUAUAACAGUUUACAAUAUUUGCCUAAAUACUAGAAACUGCAAAAUGUCUACAAAUGUUGCACAUAUUGAUGUUGCACGAUUAUAACAGUUGCACAGUUGAGGUGAGGCAAGAUUUUGGCCACAUUAAUUUUGGCAAAGCCGGCAUAUUUGCAGUUCAGAUUGGAAUUUACUUCAACAGCCACUUGUUAAACAAAGUGAUAUACAAUAUUAAAUAUAUAUAUAUAUAUGUGUGUGUGUAUAUAUAUACAAACACAGUAUAACACUUAGCUAUGCACUAAAUAUAAUAGUAUAUAUAGGAAUUUGCGGCAAGUUAUAAUUACAUGCUUAUGUCUAUAGAUUAAUAAAUUAUUUAUAUAGAUAUAUAUAUAUAUAUAUAUGUAUAUAUAUAUAUUGGCUAAAUGAGAGCGGCUAAUGACAAGCUACGUUGGACCUGGAAUAUUGGCUAAUUUGUUGGCUGUUGUUUGACUGUUAUACAACUGUUAUACAACACACUUGCUAGGCAGCCUACAGACUACUUUCGAUAUAGCUAAUUAUUUAUAUAUGUAUAGUAUAUGCUUAAGCUUAAG